GAGUGCACAGAGAGAAAAUUGUGGUCACAGUUGGAAGUAUCCUAAUUUCAUUUUAAAGUCGGGGGAAUGAAAUUGAAUUCAACGAACCUCAGAACCCGAAAAAACACGCUCACUCCAAACAAACAAAAACCCCCCACCUCAACCAUCACUCGCAAGCCCUCACCGGCUAAUCCCAUCCCCUUCCCUCUCUUUCUCGCUUUCUGAGUUUUUUUGCACAAUCUAAGCUCAACCCUUCGUUCUUCCAUGGCGGCAGGAAUCUCGGCCGCCAUAACCCCCAAACCUUUCCGUUUCUUACAAUCCGCUUAUGUCUUCUCAAAACCCACCUCUUCUAUAUCUCUUUUCCCUCCUCCGAAUCUUAGUCUCCACAGGAGUACAAUCUACCGUGCCCGGAGGAAAAUAUUUUUCAGCGUCUGUGUGGUCCUGGAAGACCAAAAGCAGCGAACCCAGAUGGAGAAUUCGGUAGAAAAAGUCCCCGAUUAUAGCGUCGAUUCUCAGAUCUCCUCCACCGAACGCUUAGCGGAGAAGUUGGCUAGGAAGAGAUCCGAGAGGUUUACUUACCUUGUUGCUGCUGUUAUGUCUAGCUUUGGGAUUACUUCCAUGGCUGUUAUGGCUGUUUAUUACAGAUUUUACUGGCAAUUGGAGGGUGGGGAGGUACCUUUGUCUGAGAUGUUUGGUACAUUUGCUUUGUCUGUGGGUGCCGCUGUGGGUAUGGAGUUUUGGGCAAGAUGGGCUCAUAAAGCUCUAUGGCAUGCUUCUUUAUGGCACAUGCACGAGUCCCACCACCGACCCAGAGAAGGACCUUUCGAGCUCAACGAUGUUUUUGCCAUCAUCAACGCUGUCCCAGCCAUUGCCCUACUCUCCUACGGUUUUUUCCACAAGGGCCUUGUUCCUGGACUAUGUUUUGGUGCGGGUCUUGGAAUUACAGUGUUUGGUAUAGCCUACAUGUUUGUCCACGAUGGUUUGGUCCACAAAAGAUUCCCUGUGGGUCCCAUUGCAAACGUGCCCUAUUUCAGAAAGGUCGCUGCAGCACACUCGAUUUUGUUUGAUCUUUAUGUUUUGGUUUUUAGCUCCACCACUCGGACAAAUUCAAUGGUGUACCAUAUGGGUUGUUUUUGGGACCCAAGGAACUUGAAGAAGUAGGAGGACUAGAAGAGUUGGAAAAGGAAAUCAAAAAGAGAGUCAAAUCAUCCAAUGCUUAAUGAUUUAUCAUUUAGUUAAUGGGACUUAAUUCCCUUUUGUAUUUACUGUGGCAAGUAAUAGAGAACCCAAAAAAAAAAAAAAUUUGAAGUAGUUUUGAAAAAGCUUACUGCUCUACAAUAUAUAUAAAAAAAGGAAAAAAAAAGAAAAGAAAAAAAAAAAGAAAAAGGGUCUUAGACUUGGUUGUGGGGAUGGGUAAGCUUACAGUUUUGUGUGCAAGAACAUACCAUUAUGCUGUACUACAGUUUUUUUUUUUUUUUUUUUUAUAAUGGAGGAAAAGUGCAGUACAUAUGGUAUUUUUGUAUAUUAAUUUGAUUACUAUUCUCAAUCUUUUAUCUAAAUUUUUUCGUUCUUCUACAA